CGCAAUGUUGCCACGGUCCAAGCUCACAAAGCGACUUGCCGCCGCCGCAAAAGUGAGGCAGUGUCGCCGCCUUUCCUCGUCCACGGCGGAGACAGGCGAGAUCAAGCCAAAGCAGGCCAAAACUGCCGACCAUGAGAUUCGCGAGAAGGCACGCCGUAUAAAAAAGGCAGAGCGAGAUGAGCGUAUGGAUAUCACCAUGUCCAUGACCCCGGUGAAAGAGUACAUGGGAGGUUUCACCCGUCCGCGAGACCUUCGCAUCUCGAACUGGUUCCCCGGCGGAGCCUACCUCGCCAAACGCAAGAAAUACGAGCCGCCUCCGCCAGAGGCGUACACCUCGCACACCGUCUUCCUGCUCGAGACUCGCUAUCCCGUUCGCCACGAGCUCGGUCGCAAGGACGCGAUCGAGCACUUUGUCGGCGUCUGCCGCACCGGCGACUUUCCCGCCGUCCUUCGCAAGAUGAACUCACUAAACAGCCCGAGCGAGGCGCGCCUCGCGAUGGACAAUGCUAUCUGGCCAUGGGUUCAUCCAAAGGCAAUCAAACGUCAGGUAUGGUUGGAGAAGGGCGAGACCCUCCAGGAGACACUUGCACGCCUCGAGAAGGAGGACGAGGCGGCUGUGCAGGCGAUGGUCGAAUGGGAGGAGAAAAGGGAGCGUGAGAGGCCGAUGGAGGAGGAGGAGGAGGAGCGACAGGCGCAGGAAGCGACAUCCUCGCGCUACCAGCGAAAUGGACUGCGCCAUCCUGAUGCACAGCGCUUCUUCAAGCGACAAGGCCAGGGCCGACAACCUGGGUCUCACGAGCUUGUCGCGACCGAGCUUCUCCAUCCAGAGGGCAGCGAUGGCCAGAUGUCUCAACGGCGCAUGUUCCACUUCUCCCUCCGGGCUGCCGCCGAUGAGCCCGGCUCGUUCGAGUCGCGGACGACGAUCCCCGGUUCGUCGUGGUCGCGUCCGCCAAAGCCGUCGCAGGACUCGGAUGAGUCGACGGUGCCGACCUACUACGUCGAGCGCAAGAAGCAGCGCGAAGCGAUCUCGGAACGCAAGGAGGAAGAGGGCGGGCUGAUGGCGGAACUCAGCGCGGGCAUCCUCAGCGACAAUGUCGCUGCGAAGACGCGCGCCCGCCCGGAGAAAAUCCCCGUCGAGGUUCGUGACCCCAAGGAGGGCAGCGUGCGCCAUCCGAGCGGGUUCGAGCCGCCAACGCCCGAGACGCACUUCCAUCCGGCGGCGGCGAAGGUAGCUACGGAGAAUCAUCCCAUCCUCGCAACCGUUAAGCAACUCUGGGACGAACGGCCGCCCAAUGCAGAAGCACUUGAUCACGAUGCGAACGUAGAAAGCGAGCUCGCUCGGAAGAAGACAGCCGUGGAUGUGGACGGCCCCGCCGCGGUCCUGAUGAGCAAGGUGCGCACAGAGCAGGGACCGGCAGGCACAUUCGACGCACUCUCGUCCUCGGGUGCUGACCUUCACGCAUCCUCCGCGGAAAUACAGCGGAGUAUUCCGACUCGACGGCGCAGACCAGAGCCGCACCCGGAGGACUUGGUGUCCCAAUUUUACAUCGAGCGCAAGCAGGAGGAGGGCGGGCUGAUGGCGGAGCUGGAUGCGGGCAUCCACGGUGAGGGGCUCGCGGCGGAGACUAAGGAGCGCGCGGAGAAGAUUCCGGUGGAGGUGCGCGACCCCCGAGAUGGGACGGUAAGGCAUCCGAGCGGGUUUAAGCCACCGACUCCGGAGACUCACUUCCAUCCGGCGUCGGCCAAGGUGCCGACGGAGGACCACCCGAUCGUCUCGACUGUGAAGGUGCCGUGGACGGAAGCGGGCGGUGCGGUGGCGAAAGGUGAGAAUGGGAACGAUAACGGUGCCGGAAUCAGCGGAGGAAGCGGGAGCGGUUCUGCUACACGAGGCCUGCACACAAGUGCGAUCGUCCGUGCGACGGAGGUGCAGGACGCGGAGCUUGGCUUCAUGUCGUCUGCUCUCGAGGAAGCGCCUGUGUCUGCCUCUGAGGCUGCAGUUUCGCCCAAGGUGCGAUCUCAUAAUCACGCGAGAGAAAUGAGGGAGAACGAUCUUGAGGAAGAUGACGAAUAUGAAGACGAAGAAGAAGACGUGAAUGCUGAGGUCGUAGAAGGCAGUCUCGACGAGCUCACGAAAACACUUCGUGGACGAUACUUGCCCACGCUUGCAGAGACGCCUUUCUGGCGACCGCUGCUCACGGUGACGCUUGGUACUCGGCCGCUUGCGACGACAUUGGUGCGGCUCUCGCGGGGAAUGCCUCGUGGGACACCAUUCUACGCGACGAUUGAGCCCGAGGAGCGAUUAGCUCUUCCGUCGUUCCCGUCGCGCAUGCGCAAUCUGCGUUUGAACCGUAUGGAGGGGCUCACGCUCGACAUUGCGCGCCUGCUCGCGGGCGAGCGUGGUGGUUUCCUUGGGUUCCGCUGGAACACGCAACAACGCGGACGCGGGAUCAACGGCGAACAGCUGGAGGAGCCUAUUCCGGAAGAGUUCCGCACGAUUCAGGUGGGUGUGGGCGAGUGGUACGAGCAUGCGGAGGACGUGAAGGAGCGUUUCAAGGAGGACGCAAAACAGGCUGGCGUAGAGGGCUCGAUGGAGGUAUUUGGGCUCGACGACCGUGGAGCAAGGACGGACGGCGUGCCGUGGCCGUCAUCGUCGCGUACUACGGAAGACUCGCGGCCGAUGACGUUGGAGCGGUUCGCGAAGAUGCAUGGGGUGACUUUCGAAGGCCUGAAGGGUAGGGAGUUUAAGAAUGCGCGUGAAGCAUUUGAACGCGAGCAUUUCGACGAGCUGGCGCAGGUAUAUGCGAAAGGCCACAGCACGGUCUUUGCGGUCAAGAGUUGGGUCGAAGAUCCGCAGAAUUGAUCAAUGGACACCAGGCGAGCCGCAUGGUCCCCUACAUGCACACAGCACCAUAUCAUGUACCUUCUAGCAUUAUAGUAUUCAAGCAUGCACGCAUUUGUCAUCUGUAUGUAGCAACAUCUCUGCUCAAUAUCUACAUGUUUUUUUUACAGUCGUAUCUUCUGUGCGCUUGCGCACGAUGUCUGCGUCGUUAUCUGUCUGCUUCUGGCACGGCGCUUGGUAGUCGUCGGCUGUCGUCUGUGUCGGGCCUGUCCACAGGGCGGAGCGAGCCCAUGAUUCCGCUAGGAUCAUUUUGAACACAUCGUGGCCAG